AUGAUCAGCAACCGAAGAAGUCAGUUUUCUCAUCAAGAAACAAUGUGUGACUCGUUGCUUAAAGAACUUCAGGUAAUAUGGGAUGAACUUGGAGAAUCCGAUUCUAAAAAGGAUGCAAUGCUGCUUGAAAUAGAACAGACGUGUCUGGAUUUGUGUAGGAAGAAAGUAGACGAAGCAAAACUAUAUAGGGCACAAAUUCAGCGGGAAAUUGCUGAUUGUGAAGCAGAAAUUGCUGGCAUGUGUUUUGCUCUGGGUGAACAAUCUCUACAUUGUGAACCUAAGUCUCCUGGAAACUUGAAGAAAGAACGUGAGAGUGUUAUUUCACAAUUUGAGGAGAUGAGAAAGUUGAAAAAUGAAAGGAUGAAGCAGUUUUUGGAAGUCAUACAUCAGUUGCAGAAUAUUUCCAGCGAGCUCUAUGGCAGCACGGGGGCUAAUGCAUAUUUAGACGAGAAGAUUUUAUCUCUUGAAAAACUUGAAGGAUUAAAGAGGCAAUUAGUCCAAUUUCAAAAUGAAAAGGCCAGGCGAAUGAAACAGGUAUCUGACCAACUGUAUACUCUUAAUUCGUUGUGCUCAGUGCUCGGUCUAAAUAUCGAAGACAAAAUUUGUGAGAUUUGUCCCACUAUGACUUCCACUGUUACAAAUGAUAUAAGUGACCAUACAUUGAAGAGUUUGAAUUCUGAAGUUCUGAGUUUGAGAGAGGUUAAAAUGCAAAGAAUGCAGAAGCUUCAAGGUUUUGCAAUUUCGCUACUCGAGAUGUGGAGUUUGAUGGACACUCCUCUUGAGGAACAACGGACAUUUCACAACGUGACCAAUAAAAUUGCUGCUAUGGAAUCUGAAUUUACUGAGUCUGGCAUACUAUCAAUUGACAACAUCAUCUAUGUUGAGAGAGAAAUUAGAAGGCUAGAGCAACUUAAAUCUACCAAAAUGAAAGAACUUGUACAGAUAAAGAAGUUAGAAUUAGAGGAAAUAUGCCAAAAUACACAUUUGACUACACAUACCGUUUUUCCUAGUGGACAUCCAAUAGAGUCAUUUGACAACCAAUCUGCAAACCAUGAACACCUGUUGGAACAAAUUGAUUACCAAAUUUCAAAGACAAAAGCAGAAGCUCUUAGUCGGAAAGAAAUCCUUGAUAAGGUCGAGAAGUGGUUAGCUGCUAUUCAAGAAGAAAGCUGGCUGGAAGAGUACAACAGGGACGACAAUCGCUAUAAUGCUGGAAAAGGUGCACAUCUUGCCUUCAAACGUUCCGAGAAAGCCCGUGUUUUACUAAGCAAAAUUCCUGGGAUGAUAGAGUCAUUAAUUUUGAAAGUUACAGCAUGGGAGAAAGAAAGAGGAUUCGAAUUUUCAUAUGAUGGAAUCCGGCUGCUUUCCAUGAUUGAAGAUUACAAUACCUUAAGGCAGGAAAAAGAGAAUGAAAGGCAAAGGCAAAAGGAUCAAAAGAGACUAAAGGGACGCCAGAUGUCUGAGUAUGAAACACUUUUUGGAUCAAAACCCAGCCCAUGUAAAAUUGGGAUAAAAACUCCCAGGUGUUCAACAGUUCCAAAUACCAAAAAAUUCUCUGUUAGUAGACCUAUGCUUCAGGAUCUAAGACAAGCAACUCUCCUUCAACAAUCUAAUAAUAAAGGAAAGGGUGCUUCUAUGGUUUUUGGUCAUUCAGCAAAGAAAAUUCCACACAGUGCAGAAAAGGGAAUUGGGAUUCAGUCACCAUUAUCUAGGAAGCCACUCUCUCCUGUUUCUUCCACAGUCCUGUCCAAAGCCAACAUAAAAAAUUCUCAAGAACCUAGAAAAAUACAGAAUGUUGCUACAAAACCAAUACUGCAAAAAAGUGAAGCGCAAGUAGGAACUCCUCCUCCCAAGCCGUUUAUUACUGGCGAUGAAGAUAAAGUAUCCCCGAAGAAUAUGGGAUUUUCCGUGCCAACCACUCCUCUGACUGUCCCUAUGCUGGAUAUCACUACACCAGACACUCUUAUUUCUAAGGCUGCUGCAAAGAUUGCUCAACCAUUUGAGUAUUCGAUCGAGGAGUUGAGAGCUGGUUUUGUCAUACGUUUAGACUCUUGCUCAAUGACUCAAUAG